CUUCUUCUCCCAGUCUUCCCUGCCAUCUGUCACUUGUCUCAUCCUCAUCGUUGCCCCCAGGCAACCACCUUUGACAGCCGUUACAUAACGUCUAUGCUCCGCCGACAUAUAUCAUAUCCCAAUUAGCCCGUCCAUCUAUCCUCUAUCUUCACAACAAGCAAUCUAUUCAAUUGUUGUCCAGGUGACUUUCUGUGAUCUGCAACAUCACCCAUCAAGCCACCCCCGCCCCUGAGCUUGACUCAUCUGUGAGGCUUCUAGGGCCACCAGCGCACUGCUUGACUGGCACGUUGUGUCCGUACUGGUCAAGCUGUGCGCCUCCACGACAACUUGAGGGGGGUGUCUCAUCGCCAUUGUCGUGGCCACUGUCGGCGACCACUGCCAAUCAUGGAACUCGCCUGUCCUGGAUACACGGCCGUCAAUGUGGGUAGCAAAUUCGAACAACCCGAAGACAUCCACGAAUACUUCACCCUGCACGCUGCACCCAAUACUAGCAUACAUCGCCAGAGAUCAUGUCAAGACGACACCACAGCACCAAUGGUUCUGAAACGACUACACCAAUCUUUCAUCUUGGCUGAAGUGACCGUCUCGGCCGAUUUUGCCAUGAACUACGACCAAGCAGGCUUGGUCAUCUUCGCUGGCUCGCUCCCCGACUCAGUCCUACCACGGUCAACUCACAUCCGCCGGAGUUCACGCUUUUCACGAGUCGUUGGUGUGGACCUUCCCACCUGUAAGUGGGCCAAAGCCGGACUUGAGUUUACCGGAGGAAACCUUAUGGCCGCCUCCGUGGCUGCUACUUCGAAUUGUGGUGCCGACUGGUCAUCUUCCGCUACCUUACCUCGUCCAUCAUCCUCCUUUGAUCCAUAUAACCUGACUUCGCAAUCCCUUCGCGUCAAGUUUGAGCGCGUAGACGAUGCACUUUGGAUAUGGUACCAAAUCCCUAACUUGCCCUCCUCGAAUCCAGACUACGACCCAGCCUCUGACGAGGACUAUCGACGCACACCAGAAGACGUGGGAUCUGGUUGGAAGAAAAUGCGUGAGGUUUCAGGCUUUUUCGGCGGCUGGGAGCAGAAAGGAAAUGUUUGGGUCGGCUGUUAUGCUAGCAGGCCUACCGACUUUGAACCCAGCAAUGCGUGGGAGGAGUUGGAUGCAUUGGUCGCCGAGUUUGAAGAUUUGGAUAUCUUGUGAGACGACCAACCAAAUCGCUCAUUGCCUACACCAUCCGUCCAGAGCGCUGCCUCCAUCGACCGGUCUCUGCCAGUCCUGGAAGUUCUACAUUCCAUGACCUAGGUUUUGCUUCUCAAUUACCACUUCCCCGAAUUAUUCGCAUGUGCCUGGAACUCUAAGACCUCCAAGAGCGGAAAGUUCGAUGACUCGAUGUCGCAUCUCGCAGACAUUCAGCUCCCAGGUGUUCGUCGCUCGGACAAAAUCAUUCACGCACCCACCUCGAGGGUGCAUCUAGUCGCCCACACAUCCAAAGGCGACCACUCCGAUUGCCACUUGCAGAGGACAAAAGUUACAUCCCAAUUCAGGGGUAUAAACAUGGAGAGGUGAUGGAUGCCAUAGCCACAUUUUUGGCUCUUUACUGGAUUGACGGCUAUGGGACUUGUAAAACCCUCAGUUCGCAAAGCUUUAUUGCCGCAAUUGCGUUGUUCAAUUGGGUGUGCCUUUUUGCAUGCAGCCGUCAUGGGGAGAGUUUGCAUUGAGCAUCAAUAGAGACAAAGUAUAUGAAUAAUGACACGGACUUAGCCGUCCACAUAAUUUUAGCAUGGUU